AUGGGACAGGAAGUCAUCAACCUCGUCCUGUUUCGCUACACGGAUGCCGCCUGCAAGGUCCUGGAUACAGGGGAGGGCGUCCAGCAGAGCUGGUUGCAGCUACCUUUGACAAAUUCGAUCUGCUACGAUGUUAACGUUGGCAUGCACUGCCAGUUUCGCUGCAACGUGAAGCUGACCUGCGAGUAUGCGACAGGAAGCGGCAUCAUGCUCGAGGAGUAUGGGGACACCACGUGCUCCGGCUCCCCGACCAGUUCUGUAGCGCUAGCUCGGCACCUCACCUGGCUUGGCGCCGUGAGCUGGUUCCAAGGAGCUUGCACGCCAGAUGGCAACGGCAUGUACAUGAAGUUCAACAAGCCUGUGACCUCCUAUCCGGACUGCAAAGCACAGGGCGCGGUGGAUGUUGGCGAAGGUGCGGAUGUGGCGUAUGAGGCCAGAUACUUCCUGCAGUUCUACUCGGACGCGAGCUGCACCAGUGAGUUUCAGGUGAAUGAGUUCAGCUCCUUCCAGUACAACAGAUUCCAGUGGAGGGUCUAUCGCGGGUCUCAGCACUGCCUUGACUAUGUAGAUGCAUCGACGCGCCCUUCCAAUUGGACCGCGGCGGUCAUAAACCCGAACGUCAUGAACUUCAAGCUGAUGUGCGGCAACAUGGAUGGCCUCGGCAACGGUAUACUUGUCCGGCGCCACAACGGGAAUAUCUGCUCUGGGACAUCUGCGGAUGCAGAAUACUGGAGAGAUGUGUUCUACCCCAUGAACCUCUACUUGGUGCAAGACUUCUUCAACGGGGAGUGCGUGGAGUGGGGUUCAAUGUUUGUGAAGUUUGACAAGCCGUGGAACACCAUGCACUAUCCUGACUGCUCGCAGUUUGCCUGCAAGUCGGGCUAUUGUUCCGGAGGACGACUGCAGCAGCCGUACACAGGAGCCACACCUUACAUGGGCGAGAUCAGGACGCCUGUCGCAAGAGCUCAAGUGCUGCCAAGUCAUGGGCUACACCAGGCGGCGGUUGGCUGGUGGAUCUUCAUUGGCAUCGUCGUUCACCUGGGUCUUGGGGCGGCUGCAUGGUGA